CUCUCUCUUAGGUGCAUUGUCACGUCUCUCAGUGCAGCACAGCAGCCAUCCAUGCCCCCAUCCAUCGACCGACAUCACCCAUACAGCCAGGCGAGGCAUUCAAACGCCCCAUGCCAUCUGCUACUCCUCGUAUGCGCGUGGCUGCGCUCGAAUCAGGUCUGCAGAAGCAAGAAGGUAGAUAUGGCCAUUCUGUUCCGUCAGAGCUGCUGGGCGUUGCGUUUGCGUACCGUCUUCGCUGACGGCAUACAUGCCGACGAACGUGAGUGGCGGGGAGGAGGGGAUCCUGUUGGCGGCGAUGCUCCCACAUGCAUCGAUGAGCCAGCAGGCCACCGGCUGGAGGGGCGGGACGGAGGAGGACGCCCCGGACGCCCCACUCAGCUGCCUCUCGGGCACUGUGCUCGCCUCCUCCUGCUCUUGCUCGGUCUCAUGCUCUUGUUCGUUCUCAUUCUCGCCCUCGGUCGACUCCCUCUCGAGUAUGGCGCUGCCUUUGCCCUCCUCCUCCACCACGUUCACCCGGCCGUGAGUCUUGGGCGUCACGGGCUGCGUCUGCGACGUGGCGAACGACGUCACCGACUCACUCGCCGCCCCCGGGGUGGCGCACCGUGACUGAAUCGGUGUGGGGUAGGGGUGGGUGGCCGGGAUGGCAGGGAGGACGGGCGUGAGUGUGAGAGCGGGUGUCUCAGUUGGUGAGUACGGCACAACCGAUAUGGGCGGGGGAGGAGGGGGGCUGGUGGGUGCGGGGGGGAAGAAGGAGGGCGGGGGAGUGUACGUGGAGGGGACCUCUUCGAACUGGUCGUCGUUAGAGUUGUUGCGGAGGAAGGACGUGGGGGACGUCACCAGCCUGAUACACACACCACACAGGCAAGGUAGAGAGAAAGGCGUACAGGUCAGCACGCAGUUAGUGUGGUUGUGUGAGAGUGCGCACCUUCUUUGUCUCAGCUCGCUGACGUCGUGAGCGAAACGGCAGUGGUCCCUGACACCAAACAAAUAGCGCCAAGACACUCAGCGAGCGAAUAUCACCGCAUGCAUAUGUAAGUUGCCUCCCUCCUCAAUCAGUCACCCACCCAUCCACUCACCUCGCUGGGCAGUUGCCCUUCUUCCAGUGCAUGCACAGCGACGUCUUGUAGCAGCCCACCGGGCUCCUCAGGUCACGCUCACCGUGCGCAAAGGGGCACAGCUCCGCCCCCUUGGUGCACCGACGAUUCUUCCAGUCAGGACAUAUCUUCGUCUGCAAACGUCACGACACAUGACACACAACAAGACAUCCAUACACACGAUGAUGGCGAAGACAGCAGUGCCAUCUGAUUCGUGUGGUCGGCGCACCUUGAGAAGGUUCGGCGGCACGCAGAGUUCUGCCAUGGAGUGAGCGUACGUACACUCGCUGCCCUUGGAGCAGCCCCGGCCGCCAUGGGCAACAUGAUACUUGCACAGACGCGUCUUGUAACACCUGCAGUACACACACAGCAGCGCCGGGCGGCCGUGUUGGCCGUGCGUACAGCACAGCAGCUGGUGUGGCUUACUGCAUGGAUGUGACGCCUGGCAGGGUGGACCGGGAAAAAUACUGUCGGCUCCCUUCACACGGCGACUGGGACGCGCAGCCAGGCGGGAGCACCGCGCUUGUGCUCCGUACCAGGGGAGGGCCGUGGCUGCAGAGAGGAGCACGUCAGUUUGACAACCCAGUGCAGAAGGGGAGAAGGUGAACUAAUUUGGGGCACGGGAGUCCCCCUCGGACAGACACAGACACCUCCGACGGGCUGACU